UGAAGCGAGCUGAAGUCAGUGUCGAUGCGGACACCGGAGGGUGCGGCAGCGCGGCUCCGCCCUUGCCUUUCACACGAUACACACACAAGGCCCUUGCUCGCGCGUCGCUUAAGUCCACAAAAAUCGUAUAUUCGUAGAAAAAGGUGAUUCCAGCCUCGUAUCGCAGCGUUUAUCAAACGAAAUUAUAACAGUGGUAAAAAAUCUGCAUUAUCCGUGCAAAGCGGCUCGUAACAAACUUUGUCGCGUUUUUUGAACUUAGUCUCCACGCGGAGGGCUCGGGCUGAACUUUGCCGAAAGCCAGGAGAAACCGACCACUGUGUUGGAUUCCUCUGGCCACUUGCUGCCAGCACGCCCUGCGGCACUGUUCCUCGCGAUCCUGGACACGAGAGUGCCGCCAGCAUCAAGGACCUGCAUGCCAAGUCCACUUUGGGACUUAGUUCUCCAGCUGGUGCGAGUGCCGGCAGAUGUGUUUCUCGAGUGCACGAGUGAGGGGAAUACCGACGCGCCAGGAUUACCUUGGAACUUUUUAGUGCCGUGAAUUUAAGUUUGUUUUUCAAAAGGAAUUAGUUCGUUGUCCCAAAACUUAUCACCUGUGAUCUUGAAUCACCAGUCAGUGCAGUUGCUGCACCACUUGGUGAAGCACAGCGAGCUGAGGAGCGGCAGUGCGUGGCGGCGGAACGGUGGUGUCCACAUACUCUGUGGACUUGUGCCGUAGUCGGUGCCCCGCUCGGCAGACUAAGUCCACAAAGUGGUCGCAGCCGCACCUCGCUUCCACUUCAGGCCACACCCGUCUCCCGUGGUGAUGUCUCUCAUGGCCGUAUGGCCUCCUCGGCCAAAACCAGCUACACCAGGCCGGGAAGUGUGGCCAGCUGCCGGGAACCAGCUGUGGGGACUCUGCCUUAGCCAGCAUGUGUCGUGCCCCCGGCCUUGCCCCCACCAGUCGCGAUGGCUCCCUUCCAAGUGCCCUGCAUGCAGGAGAAAUAAACUCAAGCUGAAGGGAAUCACCUGAUGAAGAUGAGAAGUAACAGGUUUAAGGAAGUUCUUUGGCCUCUGAGUCCCAAAAUGUGAAGACAUGAGCGAACAGCUGUGGCCGCUUGGGCGCCACAUGGCCUGCGCCAGCCGCCCGCUGCCUUGGAGAAAGUUUGAAAUGAACGAAAUCACAACUAUUUCAAGAUUUCUGAAUCAGAAGACCGUACAUUUGGAGCCAGAUAGCUGUUGACUUGCCCUGGUGAACCUGUCCCAAUGUCAACCGGCCCCAGGCACACAGAAGAGAUAAGAACCAAUACUACUAGACGGGAAAUCGAGAUUGCCAACUGAACUUUAAUGAACAGUAAAAUCGACCUUCCAGUAGUAGGCGUGAUGCAAGACAGAGAAAGCAAGUCCAGCUAGAUGAAGUUGGUCGCGUGACGCUGGCCUGCCCAGGCUUGGCAGGGGCCGGCGCUUCCCUUGCUGCCUGCCGACACUGUCUGCCUUCACUGGACCUUGCUACAGCAGGGACAGUGCACGGGACAGGAUGCAAGCUGCUGGGGCACGUGUGUCACCUUCGACGAGCAAGUUGGACCUCAGCCAAGUGCCUCAGAAUUAUAACAGUUCGAUGGCACGCAGGAGAUUCUCGUGGAGCCGUCACUGCUGCGAAACUGUCCGCUGGGGAGUGGCCCGGAGUACCGCUGGACCAUCUGGGACAAGAAUGGCCAAGAAGUGCCCCUCUCGAGUACACGCCUGGACACGCCCUCCCUUCUCGUCCACCCAGUGUACGACCAUAACUGGCCGAACUGGCUUCGCACCGACAAGGCAAAGAAGACCCUCGGCCUGGUGUUCUCACUUCCGCAGGAAGAAGAGCGCCUGAUGAUGGGUGUCAUGGCACCUCGCUCGCUGGAGGACGGGGAGUACACAACGCAGCUGACGGUGAAGGAGCGUGGUACCAUCGUGCAGGCUUCGUACAACACCACCUUCAGCGUCGUGGCCACCAGGCUGAGAGCGACCUUCGUGGACGGGACGGAGCGGGAGGUGGACCGGGACGCCAACGUGACCCUGCGCGUGGAGGUGACGUCCCCCUCGCCCAACUUCACGGUCAGCUUUGACUGCAGCCCCCUGGACGCACCCUUCGCCUCCUGCUUCACUGAGGCCAACAAACUCAGCAGCUUUCCCACCACCACUAACUUGGGCGAGAAUCUUUUCUCCCGCCUCCAGCACCUCUGGGAGUUACUGCGCAACACCAGCAGUAGUGACAGCAGCAGCAGCAGUAGCAGCAGCGGCAGAAUCCUGACGAAGAGCAAUCCAUAUACCUCGCAUCAUUUUUUGCCGCCUCUCAACAGGACCUCUUCACCAUUCUACAUGCAUGAUGACUCUCAUUUCCUACACAAAGUUUUCAACACAAGCCAGCACUACAUUGUGAGCCUCACCUUCCCUGCAUCCACCUUGGUCGCCACCCACAAACGCUUCCGCUUCAGAGCCUCCAUCAGAAAGGAUCACAAACACCGCGUCAGAGCCUCGCAGGUGGUGUCCAUCUCUUCCCCAAGAGAUAACAUCGGAAUCCAGACCUGCCUCGGGUCACAGUUCCCAUUCGGCGCUCUCCGCAGGAUGGUGUUUGAGAGUGAGUGCAUGUCAUGCUCUCCUGAGGAGUUAGCGGCGCUGCGUUACACGUGGAGGCUCAAGAUGUUGGUGAAGAGCCAGAACGCUCCUGUGCUGAACUUGGAGCAGCAGACGGCUGCCAGCAAGGCGGAGGUCAUCCUGCAUCGCAUUCUCCGGCAGACUGAGGUAGACGAAUCCUUCUUUCCUCGACCCAGUGACUACCUUAGAGUGUAUAACAAGUCGGUGCUACAAGAGAGGCCCACUCAGACUGCCCCGGAGGAGGAUUCCAAUCCCGACCCCGCCUUAUCUAUGUUCAACCUCACCACCCACGACCUGCAGAACCUCCCUGAGAUCAUCGCGCCGGAGAUCUUGCAUCAGGCGACAGAAAUAUACCACCGAUUCGGCCGUCCGAGUGCCACAUCCCUGGCCGUCGUAGCUGCCCUACACAAACCCCCCACGACUGACUUGAAGCAAAAUUUAGGCCAGGACAACCCAAGAGCGAUGGUGACUGUAGCAAACAUCAGCCCGUUACAAGCCGCAGAUGACCCAGGCAAGCCGAGUAAUGACCUGGGAAGGGAAGGAGUGCGGGUCUCACGUUCCGCACCAGCAGCAACACACCACGCCCAGCGACGCCAGAUGAGAAAGAGCGAUCGUACAUCUUCCUCUCAAACCAAUAUGCGUCGAAAGGUUGUUAGCCGUCAUUCAGGCGAGGCGGCUCAGGGACCCGUGACGGACGAGGCCGCUCCACCGGCGUCCGCCUCCCCCACCGCCCCCGCACCCGCCUUCAUCAAGGUCACGUUAGACAACCACCACAGCCACCUGGUUCAUCGCGCCGCCCACAUCCCGCCCCAGGGAAUGGAGGCCGAGAAGGUAAAGGACCCCGCCGCCCACUCACCUACUGAAGGAUGGCUGUCAGGAUCAUCACAAUCUAUCAGUGCUUCCCCGGAAACAGAAGACCAAGCCGGACACACCAACCUUGACCAUCCCCACAGAACAAAGAGGAAUUCGGGUGCAGAAAAAAUGGCUGAUGAAGACCCGUGGCUGGCGACGGUGCAACGCGUGGACCACGGCGAGUCACGCAGGAGUGGGGUGAAGUGGGAGGCAAUGGGAAAAGUUUUUGAUGGUGAAAAGGCGGCUCGACAGCACCAAGUCAUUCCAAGUAAGGGAAAAGUCCAAGAAAACGUGUAUCUGAAGAUCAUAGAGGAAGAGGAAGAGAAAGAAAAGGAGAAAAAAGUGAAAGAGAAAGAAAAUAGGUUGUGGUGGGCAAAUGACGGUGAUCACAGAGUGCGUGACAACCCACACGACGGCGGAAGUGACAGAAAAGAGGAACGACGACCAAUGACCGAGGCAGGGGUGGGAGGCGUGGCGGGCAAUGCGCGCCGUGGGUUGGAGGACGAUGCAGAACACACCACCGUCAAGUCGCCGCCCGACGCCCCGGCUGAGAUGCGGAAGACCGCAGCGACCCAGACCAGGUCGUCAGAAGCAAGGCCUCGCCGCGCGGUAAUCAGGCAGGAAGCAUCGCCACUGGAUUCCUCAGUUCCCAUUGAACUCGAUGCUCUCACGAAAGCCGCUGUGAAGAGGGAGGGCCGCUUCCCCUUGAACUCGACAAGCAGGCCAGGUCCACCACUACAGGCUGCAGCGGCACGCGAGGGGCAGGAGCCCGAUCAUCUUUACCGUCUUGUGCCAUCACGUCGAUCCCGUUCACCAAAAGCGUCUCCUCUUUCUGUUGCUUCCCGGUCAGAUAAUAAAGAGAGAGACCAAUUUUCAUUUGGCACUGAUCAUGAUGUUAGAGGGAGCGAGGGCUUGCGGCUAUCGGCCCUCCAGCGGCGCCGCGGGACGCAGGGCGGGGAUCGGUGGGAGGGAGACCAAACAACAAAGACAAUCGACCAACUGGAGCAGCGAGCAGAACUUCAGAGAUUCAGUGGAAGGGUAAAGAAGAGACGUAAAAAAGAAAAGCUGAAAAUGAUGUCGAAACCAGAGCAACGUGAAGGAAGAAAGGACAAAGGCCGCCGAGAAAUGCGUGGCGGCGACGUUAGUGGCGAUGCGGCCCCACGCCACGCCAAGGAGCAGGAAGUUGGGUACAAAGAAAAUUAUUUGACCUCGGGAGGUGAUGUGAAAGUCGACGAGGAUGACGCGAAUGACGCCCAUGAGGCCCAGAAUGACGUGGGCAGUGCGAGCGAGGCGAGGCAAGUGGCACGGACGAGCCGCCCUCCCGCCCAUCAGCACAGUGACUCAGCACACACGGCUGUCAGCCUCUCACCCGGGUCUCCAGCGGGGUGGGACGGGGCAGCAGCCACAGCACCCGAGGCUCUCGCCGCCGCAGGGCUUCCCUGGGAUGAGCGUGAGAGGAGACAAUCGACUGUAAGGGGCGGGAGCGGCGGAGUGAGAAGCCCACAACCCACUCAUUCCUUCGACACGCCUCGACCCCAACCAGACCCCACCGUGUCUUCCUCCUCCGCACCCUCAAAAUACCAAGACAUCCCCUUUGCCCUGCCCCUUGAUCCCGACCACUCCCCCAACUUCAAAGUGCUGGACUAUCACGAGUACAAGAAACUUUAUAUGGCACAACCCGAUCGCCGUAAAAUCGACUCCCAUGCAACUUCUGGGCCAGACCGAAGCACUGGAAAUCCAACGAGAAAAGCCGGCGAGCGAGGGAAUGAGGGGAGGACGGGUCCCUACUGGCCCCCUUCCCGCCGCACUGAUGGAAAGGCGCCCAAUCACACCGCCGAGGAUGGAAUGGGGAAGGCGGGCCCCGCGUCACAAAGCUCCCACGCGAGACUGGGACCCGCGGAUCAUCUAGCGGAGGAGCGAGGCGACGCCCUCAGCCUCGGUCUCAGCCCACCAGACAGCCGCCCCUCCUCCACCACCACCACCAGCGUCCCAACAGGAACUGCUCAGUACACGACACAAAAAAGUCCCGGAUGGAAUGCCGUAGAGGCGGCGGGUGGCGACUGGGGCGUCGGGUCAGGCUUGGCGGGCCCGCGAGGCUUUCCCCGCCUACACCCGCCGCCACGUGAAGGCCAGGCGUGGGCGUCCCGGGGCCCCGGCUACAUGGAGGACCUCCUCGAUUUCGUGCAGAACAAAGGAAGGUUACCUAAUAUGGAUUGCCGCCGUGAGAAGUGGGAGGAGUGUGACGCAGUGGCUUCCUCCGCCGACAGCAUCAGUGAGACCAUCGCCAACACCCUCGGGAACUCCAGCAGCGACUCCAUCAUGCCCAAGCAGACGCAAGACCGGUUCGUGACUGAUGAAAGUCAAAUCAAUGUCUUCCUGUUCGGGUCGCUCACCUCGACAGGAAUCCACAACUCGGUGCUGGUUCUGUACAUGGAUCUGCUCGUCACCAGUCAGAUGUACACCCUCUACCUGGACACCCACAAUACUCUCACUAACAACACAGGCAGUGCCGAGCAACUCAUUGAAUUUUCUCCAGCCCCCACAUUGAAACACUGUCAAGUAAUUCCACUUCCUAAGACCAAAAGAUCAUACUUCCGUGCCUCAUGCAGUGAUGUGGAGGGCCAUUUCUACCCAGAGAUCUUGCAGUGGAGCUAUCGUUUCCUGUCCCUGGGCCUCAGAACUGUUUUUUAUUACGGUGCUAGAACUUCCUUUGACUUCACACUUCCACCAGGCAUGGAUUCAAAUGACUACAAAAUAUAUAUAUCAGUAAAAGCCAUUGAUGGGAAAGGAGUGUCCUACAAAUAUCCAGAUCUUCCAGCACUGAUAGUUCCACCAAGAUCCAUCAGUGGUGAUGGUGUCCUGCUGAUCUUCCAAGAAAUUUCCACAAUAGAGAAUGAAAGUCCACCCUUGCUGCUGCAGCAGGUGCGCUCCUUGGCAUGGGAACUCAACAUCCUCAAGCCUUCCUUUGUAACACAGACAGUUCUUGACAACAUUCUAACCAUGCUCUUCUAUAGAACAAGCUGCAAGGACAUACUGGAAGGAACUCCUAGUCCUAGUUCUCUGGAGACAAAUGAGAAAGCAAGCACUACCUUGUUUAUUAAAGUCAAUUUACUGAAAUCAUGUGCAAGAGAUCACUUAGCUGAGAAAGUAGUGAGCAAUCCAAUGCGUGAUGAAAUGGAAGUUAUUCAAGCUCUAACGGCUCUCCAGGUCAUUCUUGAUGCUAAUGAAAACAUCUCCAGCACCACCUACCUGAGAGUCAUGUCAGCCAUGAACAUUGCAGCUGAAAGGAUGUGGUUCAGCUACUUUGCAGAAAUUAGAACAGAGGCCGCACAGGAAUAUUUCAUCCUGACUUCAGCCAUGCUGGACAAACAAACGGAGAUUUAUGAUGACAACACCACAUCUAUUGACAUGACCACCAACAUCAUCACUCAGUUGCUGAACAUCAUGGAGAUCGAGACAAGUGCUCGGUUCAUGGAAGAAAAGCCUCUCACCUGGUCUACCAACACUCUGAUCUUCUAUGGCUACUGGGCUGUGUCUGACAGUAUCAACAAAUGGAACAACACUGUACCUUUCCUCUUUGAGGCUGGCAGUGUUGUGUAUGGGGAGCAUCUGGUGCAGGCACUGGUGCACACAGAGUCACCUUUCCACCUGCCACUUGACCCAAUUACUUCAGAGGUCAUCUACCUCAGCAUCAACUUGAUCCGUGAUGUGAGGCAGGAAGUCGUGGUAAGGCUCCGACACUCGUAUAAGCGUGCAGGACAAGACUACAACUUCCGCAGGGACGGCAUGAUCUCCCCAGAAUCCCUCAGUGUCUACGAGUUUGUUGUGGAGAACGAGCAGCGGCCACUUGUUUUCAACGUCCUCCUUGAAGUGACCCGAGUCCUAAAUUCCCAGUACCCAGUGGCAGCUGUUGUGCUCAUUUGUAAUGACUUGCAAAGUCUGAAGGACCCAUUAUACAAACAGGAACUAAUGGCCACAGUAGAGCCUUCAGUGAUGCUGAGCAUUCCUCAAAAUGGAUUGUCCACUGGCAAGAAGCUUCUUAUAAUCAUGGACAAAAAUAGUUAUGAAAAUAAUUGGGGGAGAUAUAACACAUCCUCCACAGUGAUUGGUGCUGACUUCAAAGUGAGUGCAUGGUGGUCUCGCUGUCUGGUGUGGGACGGCAGCCAAUGGGAUAGUGAACCUUGCUCUGUCAACAGUAAAUUGUCCUCCUGGGACUACACAACAUGCAGAUGCAACUCUAAAUACACAGUGUAUGGAGCCCAGACCAUACCAGUUUUGGAUGAAGAAAGCAAGGUGGAUGUCAAUGAAAUGAUGCUUCAUGAAACUUACAUUGCUUUGUACUUCAUAAUGUUACUCCUGGUGAUCUACUUUCUCUUAGCCUUAGCUGUGCAAACCUCAGAUAGACACAGACUCAGGAGAAGAAACAUCUGGCUCCGUGACAAUAAGUUGGAGCACGAGUGGGCAUACUUACUGACCAUCAAGACUGGCACACAGUGGAAUGCUGGAACCACAUCAAAGGUGUAUGCCAUCCUGCAUGGCACCCAUGGCAUGAGUGAGACUCGGGAACUCCAGAGCAAGCAGACUGGUCAGCUAUUUACUCGUGGUGCUCUCUGCACCUUUAUUUUGACAACCCCAGAACCCUUAGGCGACAUUCUGAAGGUUCAGGUGUGGCAUGACAACAGUGGUGGCAGUGAGUCAGGCUGGUUUGUGUGUGAGACCAGUGUUGCAGACCUUGUGUUGGGAGCCAUCUACAUCUAUCCAUGCUACCGCUGGCUUUCUGUCCAGGCAGAAGAUGCCAAAGUAGAAAGAGAAAUAACUCUGGAGAGCCCAACAACAUUCAUGCAGGAUUUUGAACAUUUCCUGCCUCAGUAUGCCAGUGAACACAUGCUGUGGACCUCACUACUCACCACCUCCAGCACUGCCAAGCUUUACCGCCUGCAGCGCCUCACCAUCUGCCUCAUUGUGUGUCUCUGCCUAGGCACUGUGUCACUUGGCGUUGUGAAGAGAAUCAACAAUGAGCACACAAUGAUGGUGCCUGACAUGCACAUUGAGUCACUCUACUUUGGUGUCAUCAUUGCUGUGGUCCUGCUGCCGGUCCAGUGGGUGCUGGAGAUGAUAUUCAAGAUGAGUAAUAAAGUGGAGGAAAAAGAAUACAAUGCCAAAGCUGUUUUGGACACACUAAGGGCCAGUAAAUCAGACAGUGCAACAAGCACAAGUGAUACAAAGUCUACCCAGAUCCCCAGUGAUAAUGAAGAAGACAUUUAUGAUCCUCAAGCUGAAAUAUGGAGGAAUUUAAGAAAAUGGAGUUUAUCUACAGAAGUAUCAUCUAGUGGAGCAGAAAUGUUUCAUCCAACCUUGCUUCGGGACCUAGAGGCAGAAAACAUGGAAGUCACACAAAGACCAAGAUCCAGUUCGGAAAAUACAUCUAGGGUGUCUCAGUCCGAUAGUGGCAUUACCACUAUUCAACCAGAGUCACUGCCCUCUGACCCUUCAGUGGUGACAGAACCUAAUGAAAUAGAUGAACCUCCAGAAACAAGUGACAAAAAAUGUUCUGCACCUUUCUUUCGGGUACUGCCAAAGUUUAAAAGAACACAGGGCUCUUGUUGUGCAUCCAGAAGUAAGGCAAAAAGUAAGCAAGACAUACAAGAAGACUGGGAAGUUCAUGAAGAUGAAGAUUAUGAUGAUGAGGAGGAAGCUGAGAGAGAUGACCUGAGAGUUGCAUCAAGCAUAACAUUCAUUUUCUCUCAGUGUGUUGGAUGGAUUAUGUGUUGCAUCUUUGUUGCCCUGUGUUGCAUGGUGCUUUAUGUGUAUGGGUCUGGCAUGCCCAUGGACUAUGCUGCACUGUGGAUCCACAUCAUAUAUGUGACAUUGUGUUGCUCUGUGUUCAUCAUGCAGCCUCUUGUGGUCAUCAUUUACACAUUUUAUAAGGUGUGUGUGUACCGGUGGCUUGGCUGCAGAGGCUGCAUCAGCUCCUGCAUCACUGUUCCUCUUGAUCAAGUGGUAGAUAUUUGGAACCGCUACCAAACUGCUCUACAAAGACAGACACCAACAACACCAGACACUAGUGAUGAGAAAUUAUUGGAGGAGCGGCAGAGGACAAGAGAACUCAGAUCAGCACAUCCUCCAAGUGAAGACUAUUUACUCAAGUGCCGUGAAAAAGAGAUUCGAAGAGAGAAGGUGUAUGGCUUGUUCCAAAACACUCUUGGGCAUAUUGUUUUUUUGGUAGUGUUAAUAAUCAUUGCCAACAAUGAGAAUAUUUACACACGCUUCACAUUGAAUGAAGCCAUCCUGUCUUCACUGAAAAAUGGGUCCUGCUUGGAUUCGGCUCGUUAUGUGCAAGAUGGAGAUACAAACACGCAAACCUUGAACAAAGAUUAUUUGACAUUUGAUGAUAUCAAAUCCAAGGAUGAUUGGUGGAGCUGGGCCUACACUGAACUGCUUGCAUUAACAUACAGCAAUCAUGAUGAAUCAUUUAGUGCAUAUAAAAUUUUUUGUGACUCAAAUAGCAUCAUCAUUGGACAGCCUAGACUCAGAAAGUAUGACAGCAGUUCACAGGAAUGUGAAGCAAGCAAAUUCAAUAUUGACAGCAACAGAUCUUUGGCAGAUUUGUUGAAAAUUGGAAACUGUUUCCCUGAUUAUGUAGACAAUGUCCCACACUUAUUUUCAUUUGACUCCAGUCAAGAUAAAGAAUAUGAAUGGGAUGUUCACUUCCUGGCAGUCACUCAUGGACAGUACGGCCAGUACAGCUACACCUCAUACAAACAAGCCUUGUCAAGCUCUCAGUUUGGUGCAGUGUUGAUGCUGUACUUACUUCAAGGAAGCAACUGGCUGGAUAAUAAUGUCACACGUGCAGUUGUCACUGAGUUUACCCUUUAUCAUCCCCAGACCAACAUGUACACAACCCUCAAUCUACUAACAGAGUUCCCAUCUCUGUCAGGAGCCAAAGUGACAACCUUUAUCUCAUCUUCACACAUUGAGAGAUAUGGAAGCAGUCUAUCUGUUGCAUGUAUGUUGGCUGAAACUCUUCUCCUGGCAGUAGCAAUGUAUUACCUGAAAAGAGCUGCAGUGUACAUCUAUACUUCUAGAUUCAGGAUCUUCAGGUCAUUUUGGGGAUUCUUGGAUGUUGUGAUGACUAUUCUAAGCUGGAGCUACAUUGUCUGCCUGAUGCUGCGUGUACAAAUAGCUGAGGAUGCAAUGUGGCAACUCCGUGUGGCUUAUUUCCAGAAGUUUGUUAAUCUGAAGGGUCUCACAACCUGGGAUGAAGUUUUAGAUUACCUGAUUGGGGGCAUGUUGACUGUUCAUCUUCUACGCUGUCUGAGUCUUCUUAAAUACCUGCCUCGUUCUUAUCACCUGGGGCUUGUUGUGGCCAGUGCCUGGAAGGAUGUGAAAAUUAUCAGUGUGUGUAUGCUGGUGCUUCUGAUUGCCUUAAUGAGCCUCGGUCACAUAUGGUUCAGCACUUUGCUUUGGGGCUUCCACUCACACAUCGAGAGUGUUCUCACCAUCAUUGAGAUGAUAAUGGCACGAUUGCCAUUUAUGAGAACCAUAGAAGAACAAGCAGCAGGUUUCAUGACCUACAUGGGUUACUUGUACUAUCUUCUCACUUACAUCUUCCUCUACCAAUUGAUAAGGGCCCUGUAUGUUGCUGCCUUCUUGAAUGCUCAAAAGGCAUUCAUUGAUAAGCCUGGGUUGGAUGUUACAUGGAAUGACAUUACUCUUUGUGUGAAGGAGCGCUACCACUCACUUCUCCGUAGAAUACAGUGUAAAAAGAAAGAGGAAGAAAGCCAACCAUCUGAUAACACUCCCCCAGACUUUUACAUGGCUGAAUUGGAGCUCCAGAUUAACCAGGUGAUGAGUGGCCUGGAGAGUCUGGCUGAGUCACUUGGUGUAGUGGCUGACCGGAUGAACAGACUGGAGGACACUCACUCAAGUUACUCUGAUUUGCAUAAUUCGCAAGAUGAUAACUAUUCAUACACUAAUGAUGAAGUCUGGCAACAAGAAGAUAGUGACUCAAGAAGCUCCAUUUAUAGAAAUGAUGAAGAAACCAGGUGGGAAUUCGUACAGCAGCAAGCAGCUAAAGAUUAUGACAGCAAGAUGGAAACAAAUCACUACCAAGGCGCAAGACCAAGACUCAAAAAUGACUCUGUAAAAGGGCGGAAAAUAUCUGUUGACAGAAGUAUUAAUUUUGAUGCUUUUACUGACAUUGAAAGUUGUCCAACAGAAAUCGAAGCCCUGACACAGAAAUGGAACUUAGCUUUAGAUGACCCUUCCUUUGAAUUAGUAGAUGAUGGUGGAACAUUGGAAAAAUUCUUGAAGGAUGUAUCUGAAAGUUUUGAUAAUUUUACAUCCUUUGGGAAAUACGGUAAGACUCAGUUGAGAGUGAAUACAAGAAUACAUCCCAGCCAUGAGUCUCUUAAUCUGUCACAAAACAAUAGUGGAGUAACAGGAAGUAUAGCCCAUCAGAAAGGAAUACACGCAGACAAUGUUGAUGGUUCAGUUCCCCGAGGCAUCAGCUCAAGACUGUGCAGGACUCAGACACAGGGGCGAGGGAAGGGUCAUGUGGAGGCAUUAGAUAUUUCUUAUUUAGAAUCUGACCACGAAAAUGAAAGUAAUUAUUAAUUUGAAUAAAAAGAGCUGAAACAAAAGCAGUUAAUUUUGAGAUAUAAUGUGAGUUAUAAUUUUGAGAAUAUAUUCAUUAGCUCUCUCUCUCUCUCUCUCUCUCUCUCUCUCUCUCUCUCUCUCUCUCUCUCUCUCUCUCUCUCUCUCUCUCUCUCUCUCUCUCUCUCUCUCUCUCUCUCUCUCUCUCUCUCUCUCUCUCUCUCUCUCUCUCUCUCUCUCUCUCUCUCUAAUGUGAGUUAUAAUUUUGAGAAUAUAUUCAUUAGCUCUCUCUCUCUCUCUCUCUCUCUCUCUCUCUCUCUCUCUCUCUCUCUCUCUCUCUCUCUCUCUCUCUCUCUCUCUCUCUCUCUCUCUCUCUCUUCAUAAAAUGAAUGUUUAUGAGUACUUAAGAAUUGUACAUUAUUAUUAUUGUUAUUUUUUAUUUAUUUACUUUUUUUUUUACUAAGUUGAGGUAAUAUUUUGUAUUUAUGUGUAAAAUUAUGCCUGCUUCAAAUUGAAAUUUAUAGCAAUGUUUGUUUUGUUAAAAAUAUUACAUAACCCUUUUAAUUUUAAGCAUGUAUCAAGUUGUGAUCCCCAAGGAUCAUUAUCAAACCUAAAUAGGGCAUUUAACUAUUACGCAGCAGGAAAGAAAUCACGGAAGUAGUCGUGAGAUACUUUGCAUUACGAGAUAAUUGACUAUCUUUGCUUGGUGUUCACUGUAGGAAGGAAGGGAAAGAAAAGGCUGCGAAAUAUUUCUUAAAUAAAGUUUUAUUCCCA